UAAAUUCAGAAGAUCUUGCAAGUAAAACCCUAAUCCACUAAUCUCUUAUAAUUGCAGCCGAACAUAGCUUCUCGUUGUUCUCUAGGGUUCUUCGCCUUUUACAACACAGCAGCCUCCUCUCGGUUCCCUUGUGUUCGUCGCACCUGCAACCAUGUCUAAAAAGAAGACUAGAGAGCCAAAGGAGGAAAAUGUAACACUUGGACCUGCAGUUAGGGAGGGUGAACAUGUUUUUGGAGUUGCUCACAUCUUUGCAUCAUUCAACGACACAUUCAUUCAUGUGACUGAUCUCUCUGGUAGAGAAACCCUUGUUCGUAUUACUGGUGGAAUGAAGGUGAAAGCUGACAGAGAUGAGUCUUCACCUUAUGCUGCUAUGCUUGCAGCACAGGAUGUCACGCAGAGAUGCAAGGAACUUGGUAUUACUGCUCUGCAUAUUAAGCUCCGUGCUACUGGUGGGAACAAAACAAAAACCCCUGGUCCAGGUGCACAGUCUGCCCUGCGUGCCCUUGCUCGUUCUGGAAUGAGAAUUGGUCGCAUUGAGGACGUGACACCAAUUCCAACUGAUAGCACCCGCAGAAAGGGUGGUAGAAGAGGUAGAAGGCUGUGAGCGGUGCUUUCGAAGCUGUUGCGGAUCUGUUUUUUUUUUUUUUUUUUUUUUUUAAAAAGAAAAUCUUGGAACAAUGAAAUUUUGGAACUAAUUUUUAGCUUUGCUCAUUUGUGUUGCCAAUGAUUUAUGUUGAACUCAUGUAGAAGCAAAGAUAUUAUUGAAUACCAUGAAUUUUUGGUUAA